AUGAUUUCCCUGCAGCAUGUGAACCCCAGAGUGAGGGGGAUCAGAGUUUCAUCACACAGUGAGCUGCAGAGUCUGGCUGCACGGAUCACACAGGUGGCGCUGAAGCCCUGUCAAAAGGUGAUUGACGUCAGCUCAGGUGAUCUCCAACAAGCAGGAAUGAAACCAGUCUCAUUCCUUCGUCAGGUGUUGGCCGUCUGUUUGCACCCUGAGCUCCUUAAAGACAAAGAUCUUCCUCUGGAUGUCAGACUCCGAGCUCAGAGGUUCCUGGAGGUCUGUGAUGGAGGAAGUCUGGGUUCGUACACGGCCUCUUCUGGUAUGGAGUACAUCAGACGAAGAAUUGCUGAGUUCAUCACCAGACGAGACGCUGGAGUUCCUUCAAACGCCAAAGAUGUCUUUAUUUCUAGUGGCUCUCAGAGGGCCCUCAUGGUGGCAGUGAAGCUGAUUUCCACUGUGGAAGGGGACAUCCGUUCAGGAGUGCUGACCCCGAUGCCCUGCCCUCACACCCUGCCUGCCCUGCUGGAUGAGGCUGGGGUGACACUGGAGCCAUACGAGCUGAUUGAGGAGCAAGGAUGGGCUAUAGACCUGGACAAACUACAUGAAGCUUUGAAGGAUGCUAGGGGGCGCUGUAACCCUAGAGCUAUUUACAUCAGCAACCCAGGAAACCCUACAGGUCAUGUGCAGGACAGACAUUCAAUAGAGGAGGUGAUUCAGUUUGCAGCAGCAGAGAGACUUCUGCUGCUGGUUGAUGAGGUGAACCAGGACAGUGUGUUUGGACCAGGCAGAGAGUUUAUUUCCUAUAAGAGAGUCCUGUUUGAGAUGGGCGAAGAGUUCUCACAGACAGUAGAGAUGGUCUCCUUUUACUGUCUCUCCACCGCCUGCUGUGGAGAGUGUGGUUUGAGGACAGGAUACAUGGAGAUGAUCAACAUCGACCCACAGGUGAAGUUUUUUGUCGACACGUGUCUUUGCAUCGAUAUCUGUGCUCCGGUGGUGGGACAGCUUGCUCUGGAUGUCAUGAUCGACCCACCAACACCUGGAGACCCGUCCUAUGACACAUAUACACAGGAGAUUCUUCUCACUCGAGCCACUUUGUCCCAGAAUGCUCAGCGGGCUCAGGAGUUCCUGAAUGAUCUACCAGGGAUGAGAUGUGAGCCAGCGAUGGGAGGGAUCUACCUUUAUCCCCGCCUUGAUUUACCAUCUGAGAUUGUCAGGGAGGCAGAGAUAUCAGAGGUGGAGGCCGAUGUUCUGUACUGUCAGAGGUUGUUGAAAGAAGAAGGCGUGUUAGUUGGAGCUGGGAGUCAGAAUGGUCAAACUACCGACAAACACCAUCUGAGGCUGUGUUUUAACGUUCCUUCUGACUCUCUGGAGGACGUCCUGACUCGACUUGGUUCUUUUCACCUUCGCCUCUUGGACGCUCUUCCUCAUUCUCACAGAGGUGUGGAGGACAUGGAUACGAGGGGAAAAUAUAAAAAAGACAUAAAGCCUUUGGUGUAG